AUGGAGGACCCCGAGAAGAAGCUGAAUCAGAAGAGCGAUGGCAAACCCCGGAAAGUCCGAUUUAAAAUCUCUUCCUCCUACAGUGGCCGAGUACUGAAGCAGGUCUUUGAAGAUGGGCAGGAAUUAGAGUCACCCAAGGAAGAAUACCCUCACAGUUUUCUCCAGGAGUCCCUUGAACCAAUGGAUGGGGUGUAUGGGUCUGGGGAAGCUCCCAAACCCCCACUCUGCUCCCCUAAGCUGACUGCUCAGAGGAUCAGCGUGUUUAGAGAGGGCAAUGCCUAUACUUUGGCAGGCAGCCAGCCUCUGUUCAACGAUUACAAGGCGAAUGACCAUAAGCCCCCACCCAUCAUAGAUUUUGGAAAGAUAAUCAUCUACACAAACAACCUGAAAAUCAUUCGAACCCCAAUGGACAAGAGAGACUUCAUGAGGAAAAUUCUCCAGAAUGAAGAAGAGGUUGAAGAGGAGUCUCUGAUGGGCAAAGAGGAAAGCUACGGGGACGGGGACCAGAACGACGGGCCAUUGCUGGAGGCGGAUAGCGUGUUCCCCCAUAACCAGUACACGCAGGAAGGGGAGCUUCCUGAGGACAACUGUUUUCACUGCCAAGGGUCGGGCAGUGCCACCUGCUCUCUGUGCCACGGCAGCAAGUUCUCGAUGCUGGCCAACAGAUUUAAGGAGUCCUAUCGGGCCCUGAGGUGCCCUGCCUGCAACGAGAAUGGCCUGCAGCCCUGCCAGAUUUGCAAUCAAUAGCCCACGGCUCUUGCAUGUCUGCUUUUAUGGCACCCUCCCUAAAGUGAUUUCUAAUAAACCGCCCCCUCCCCCUCCUCCUGCCUCUCCCUGCAAGGAGGCCAGAGCGACUGCAAAUCACUUCCACUGCUGGCAGAACUCAAUUAUCUGAUGACAUUUCGGGAGGCUGGUAGCAUCUCCAUGUGAGUCUAAGCGGUAGGGGCAUCUCUGA